GAGUAAUUGGAAAUGUUUCGAGGUGUAUUGGCUGACUUGAGCAUAGAUUAAGAAACGAGCACACUGUUCAUUCUUCUGCAGCACAGCGGUUACGAAAGUCUUCAGAUUUAUUCAUUUUGUGCAAUUGCUUUCGACUCUGCAGUUGGUUAGCGGUCGCCGGAAAAAUGUCUGCAAUUGUAAUUGCUAUUAAUGCGGCGAUAUCGGUCAGUGCUUACCUCAUGACUGUCCGCAUGAUACCACGGUUUCGUGACAUGUUCGUGAAGGCCAGACUGUAUGGCAAGGACUUGUGUAAGAGAGAUCAGCCACAAGUACCUGAAUCUUAUGGUGUGCUUAUUGGCUGCGUGUUUCUUGUAUCAUUAUUUCUUUUUAUACCCAUACCAUUCACAUUCGAUGAAGCUGCAGCAAUGGAUGUGGAGACUGGCGGCAAACCGGCAACAUUUCCACACGACAAAUUUGUGGAGCUGAUUGCCGCCCUGCUGUCUAUCUGCUGUAUGAUCUUCCUUGGGUUUGCCGAUGAUGUGUUAGAUCUCCGAUGGCGUCACAAACUACUGCUCCCCACAAUUGCCACUUUGCCCCUUCUUAUGGUCUAUUAUGUGAACUAUAACUCUACAACCAUUAUUCUGCCCCAUUUCGCGCGUGCAUUUUUUGGAAAAUCCGUUAAUAUUGGCAUAUUCUAUUACGUCUAUAUGGGCAUGCUUGCAGUUUUUUGCACGAAUGCCAUCAAUAUUUUGGCUGGAAUUAAUGGUUUAGAGGUCGGCCAAUCUUUGAUAAUUGCCGCCUCGAUACUAGUCUUUAACAUAACCGAGCUAUGUUUGGGUCAUCAAAUCGAGUCUCAUAAGUUUUCAAUAUACUUUGUGCUCCCGUUUUUGGCCACUUCAUUGGCUCUUUGGAAAUUUAACAAAUACCCAUCCAAGGUAUUUGUGGGUGACACUUUUUGCUAUUUUGCUGGCAUGACCUUUGCUGUGGUCGGCAUUUUGGGUCAUUUCAGUAAAACCUUACUGCUCUUCUUUCUGCCGCAGAUUAUCAAUUUUCUGUACUCGACGCCGCAGCUUUUCCACUUUGUGCCCUGCCCCCGACAUCGGCUGCCUAAAUAUGAUGCUAAGACGGACCUGCUCCACAUCAGCACCACCGACUUUCACCCAAAGGAGCUGGGAACUUUGGGUCGUGUUAUGGUAACAGUGUUCCGUACCCUGCGGCUCAUUAGCUGGCAGGAGAAGUCUGAUGGACGCGUCAUAACCAAUAAUUUUACACUGAUCAAUUUUGUUCUCGUGGUUUUCGGGCCCGUACACGAACGAGUCGUUACUCAGAUGCUGAUGGGAGUUCAGGUGAUGUGCACUUUAGUAGCUUUCGUCAUACGGUACCCGCUGGCUAAUUACUUUUAUGAAACAUAACGAAGUCCUACCUUAGCUUUAAAAGUCUUAUUAUAUUUUAAUAAAAGAUUGUACCCAUUCAUACGAAUUUGUGUAAAUUG